AUGUACGAAGUAUUAUUGCUACUAUUCAUAUUAUUAUCCCGAGCUUCCGGCUCACAAGUAAUGCUAUUUGACUCUUCAACAGAAGAAAAAGAUUUAAAUUGGAUAACAUGGCCUCCCAGUACAUCGGAAUCAGAAAGAAGCGGGUGGAUGGAAGAAACAUGGGCAGGAAUCGAUGAAAAAAGCUCAGUCAGGAUAUAUGGUUCAUGUAGCUUAGAUUCGCUUAGUAAUCAUAGUCAUUGGGUUUUUGUUCCUCCAUUUUCUGUCAGAAAGGCUAAGGGCGUUUUUGUUGACCUCUUAUAUACCAUUCGAAGUUGUGGAAGCGGAGGUCCCGCUUUACCUUGUAAAGAAACAGUAAACGUGCAUGUUCGCGAGUUCAACAGAGAGCAAUAUCGACGUUUCAAAAAUAGAGCUCAAGAUUAUAAUGUUAGCCAGCCCGAAUUUGCUAGACAAUGGGCGAAACGGCAUGUGUUAACGAUGUCCCAACAACGGUAUGAUCAAGUCACGUUUAUGGUCAGCUUAAAACCUGAUACCGAACACAUUCAACUAGCUUUCGAUGACAAUGGUGCUUGUGCAUCAGUUUUAGUAACGAAGGUUUUCUAUACUCAAUGUGAGCGUGCUUAUCACAACUUCACAAUCUUCGAAUCUACUAUUGCAAACACUGCUGAAGCCGGUGACAAUGUUAUGGUUCAUGGAACUUGCGUUCCUAACUCAUCCGCCGUUAACAUGGCUCCUGUUGCAUUUUGCAAAUCUAGUGGAGAGUGGGGACAACAUAUUAUCGGAAAUUGUGAAUGUGAUCCAGGAUACACCGCUGGGCAAAACAAUGACGGCGAAGAUAUAUGUAAAGCCUGUCCAUCUGACACCUUCAAAUCUGACAAGGGAGAUAAGAGAUGCGAACGUUGUCCUGCCAAUUCUUCACAAAUGCAUGCUGGAGGCACGAAAUGUACUUGCUACGAUGGUUAUCAUCGUGCUCCAGAAGAACCUGUCUCUGCAGCUUGUUCCCAGCCACCAAGUGAGCCUAUUGCUGUCAUUGCAAAAGUGAAAAACGAUACUUCCGUUGAGUUGUUGUGGGACGAACCUCAUAAUCUCGGAUUCCGUUCAGAAAUUUGGUAUGAAGUCGAAUGUCACCGUGGUGCUUGCACUGGAAUCAGUGUAUAUCCCUCCAUGACUCAUAUCAACUCACGAUUUGUUGUUGUGAGAAAUCUGGAGCCUGAGUCCAGUUACACAUUCCAUGUAAUCGCCAAGAACAAAGUUUCAUCUGUGGCUAAGAACAACAGAGCCCGAUCACAAGCUACUGUUUCAUUCUCAACUCCAAGAUCAACAAGAAUGCCAGUCACUUCUGUCAGAGUUGAUGCAGAGUUGAGCGGAGGCGUAGUAAUCAGUUGGCACCCUCCUGAGUCAGAAGGCACUGUUAGACAGUAUGAAAUUGAAAUAACUUCACCCACUGGAAAGAAAAUUCUUUCUUCUGAUUCUCCUUCACUUACUGUAAGCAAUCUUCGUCCUGGUCAUUAUACCUUCAAGGUUCGAGCUGAUCAAGGUGGAUGGGGUCAAUGGAGUGAACCACUUCAGUAUGAUUAUGCUACUCGUGAUCCAGUUGGUAGCUCGACAGGAAUCUUGCAACCUGAAACAACAGCUCUCCAAGCUAUCCCACCAUGGGUACUUGGAUUGAGCACAUUGCUUCUCAUGAUUCUUCUAGCAUUCAUGCUUCUGAUUUGUCGUAGAAAUACUCGUAAUAGAAAGCAAAUGAGCGAUUUGGAUGUAUUGGACACUUACAAACAAGAUACGAUGACACCAGACUACAGCUCUGGCCAUCGUCAGUUCAAUGACAUUUUCCGUUCCGCCAAGAUUAAUGCUCCUCUCAUUCCAUCUUAUGGAACAUCAGUCUCACAACCUCCUCCAUAUUAUGGAAAUAGUGCGAGCAAGUUCAAACCAUAUGUGGACCCCACUGCCUAUGAAGACCCCAAUCAAGCUCUCACUGAAUUCACAUAUGACAUCGAUCCCGCUGCAGUUUUCAUCACUCAUGUGAUCGGUGGUGGAGAAUUUGGAGAUGUUUGUAUGGGAGGCCUUAAAAGGAACAUCCUUGGUGAUCAAAAUGUCGAAGGAACUGAAACCGUAGCUAUCAAAACUCUUAAGCCUGGUAGUAGUGCUAAAGCCAAAGCUGAUUUCCUCUUGGAAGCUUCAAUCAUGGGCCAAUUCUGUCACCCUAAUGUUGUCCGUUUAAUUGGAGUAGUAACUCGCGCAGAACCUGCAAUGAUCGUAACCGAAUACAUGGAAAACGGAUCUUUAGACAACUUCCUUCGAGGCAAAGACGCCCAAGGAUUCGAAAUAGGAUGGCCUCAUGUUGUUAAUAUGCUCCGCGGCAUAGCUUCUGGAAUGAAAUAUUUAACCGAUAAAGGAUAUGUUCAUAGAGACUUGGCUGCGAGAAAUGUUCUUGUGGAUAGUGCAUUCAAUUGCAAAAUAGCUGAUUUUGGACUUUCUCGUGGAGUUGACGAUACAGCUGCAGGAGAAUAUACCACUAAUGGUGGAAAAAUCCCAGUUCGUUGGACAGCCCCUGAAGCCAUAACUCAUCGAAAAUUCACCGCGGCUUCUGAUGUAUGGAGCUUUGGUGUUUUGACGUGGGAAGUAUGCUCUUUCGGCGAAAGACCGUAUUGGGAUUGGACCAACCAAAAAGUUAUCAGUGAAAUAAUGGCCGGUUAUCGUCUUCCUGCUCCUAUGGAUUGCCCAGCCUCACUUCAUAGAAUCAUGUUGUGGUGUUGGAAGUUGGAAAGACAUGAUCGCCCAUCGUUCGCCCAGCUUUUGGCUAUUUUGGAAAAAUAUUCUCGUAAUCCUGAGUAUAUUUACACUGACUCCAGCUUAGUGUCAAAGUAUGCUUAUUCUACUAAUCACCUUGAGAAUGCUUAUGGUGCUGUUAGACCUCCUGGAAUUUCUUCUCAAUGCCCUCCUCCACCAUCAGGAUCACCACCAACUUAUCCUCAGUUGGAUGACUUCCUCCGUUCACUCGGAAUGGGUCAUACUUCGGAUAAGUUGAACAAGGGAGGUGUUUUCACUGUUAGUGAUCUCUCCCGACGUGGACACUUAGAUCUCUUAGCCAUGGGUUUAAUAACUGAAGAAUUCCAAAGAAUACGUGACGCUCUCCAUCAGUUGCAGUUGGCCCGUGGACUUUCCAGGCCGGAUGUUCAACAAGCAACAAUGCCACAUCGUGCUAGAACAUUACCUCGUAAAGAAGAAGGAUUCUUUGUUUGA